AUGGAUCCUGAGAAGCCUGUUCUUAGCCUGAUGAAGAGCUUUUUUACUUGUCUCAACCUACAGCCACUCCCAAGCCAGGACUGGUGCAAAAGUGACGAGAGACUCCUGCAGGCUGUGGAGCAGAACGAUGCCGACAAAGUGUCCGCCCUCAUCCUUAAAAAAGGCCUGUGUCCCACCAAGCUGGAUGCUGAGGGCAAGUCGGCGUUCCAUCUGUCUGUGUCUCGAGGGCGCAUCGACUGUCUGGAGGUCAUCAUCUCCCACGGGGCAGACCUCGCUGUCACGGACGGUGCCGGUUUCAGCGCCCUUCACCUCGCGGCCAAAAAUGGACAAAGCAAGUGUUUGAAGAGACUUUUACAGGAGAGACUGGAAGUGGAUUGCAUCGACAACAUUGGGAGGACGCCCCUCCACCAUGCAGCGGUCAGCGGCUGUUUGUCCUGUACCGAAAUCCUGUGGGACUUUAAAGCCAAGCUCGACAUCCAGGACGGGGAUGGAGCCACCGCCCUCAUCCUUGCAGCCCAGAUGAGUCGAGACAAGCUGUGUGCUUUUUUGCUGGAUCGAGGCGCCGAAGUAAACAUGCAGGACAAGCAGGGCAGGACCGCGUUGAUGUUGGCCUGCGAGAGCGACAGCGCGGACACAGUGGCGGCCCUGUUGAGGGGCGGGGCUAACACCCAGCUGGUCGACGCCCUCGGAAACGGCCCGGCUGAGUACGGCGCCAACAGCCCUCACAUCGGGCACAUGUUGAAGAAUGGGGCACCCCCAGCUUCUGAGGCUACAGGCGAGGAGCUCCAAGGUUUGCCGCCCACCCCGUACCCGCGUAGUCCCGCUCCCAGCGCCCAGUCGCCUGAGCGCCCCACUCCCUCUCCUCCGCCUCCAGGACCGCAUCAGGUGGAGGACGAGGAGGUGUUUGAGGAGAUCCGCCGUCUCCGCCUGGAGAGAGGCCGACUCCUCCAGAGGAUCAAAGCCUUGGAGCAGCAGCAACAGAGCGCCCUCUCUGCCUUGGGGGAGUUGUCCGCACUCAAGCGGCGCCUGAAAGAGGCGGAGGCGGAGCGGGACAAGUUGAUCGAGGAGCGGAAGGGAGUCAACGGCGUGGGCGCCAUCGACUCUGAGGAUCUGGACGACAUGUUCUCAGAGAGGUUGCUCUCCAAGCGGUCCAGAGCCUCACCUGGUCCAGACCGGACCUCCUCGGAAGCAGCCGUGGAAGAAUUGCAGAAACAAAUAGAGGAGCUGGCCUCUCAGAACGCUGAGCUGGUCCUCAAAGUGCAGGUUUUGGAGAUGUUUGAGAAGGACGACACCGACAUGCAGAACCCAGGCCCAGAGUUUGUACCCUUAGUCCAGUAUGAGGAAGUCAGGAAGGAGUUGGAGGCCCUACAGGAGCGCUUGACCCAGGCCCAGACGUCCAAUAGGGCGUCUAAUGUGCCGGAGGAACAUGCAGAGAGUGGGGAGGUUCUCCAGGAGCAGCUGCAGGGCCUCCGGGAGCAGCUGGCCUCCUCCCAGUCCGAGCUGGAGCAGCUCAAGGAGCAAAUGCAUCUGGGGGUGUUCUCCGUGGAGUGUGUCGAAGGGGACCCCGGCCCGCAGGCCCAGCAGCUGAAGGCGAGGGUGGCCGAGCUGGAGGAGGAGCUUGGAAAAAGACGGGCGGAGGCGCUCGCACGGAACUCUCAGGACGCCGACACAAUCCGACAGCUGACGGAGCGAGUCCAGCAACUCAAAGCUGCCCACGGAGACGGAAAAGUUGGCGAGCUGGAGACCGCGGAGGGGGAGGAGUCAUCAGGAGACCGGGUCCGUGGCCUCCAGGAGCGUGUGGGGGAGCUGGAGGGCGAGCUGAAGAAGUGUGUGCCGCGCUCCCACCUGGAGGAGGUGCAGGUGGCCCUGGGUCACCAGUGUGAGCAGCUGGCCAGGGAGAGAGCGGAGGUGGCCAGGAGGCUCAACGACGCCCUGCUGGAGCUGGAGAGAGUCCGGCCUCCUCCUGCACAUGGCAAGGAAGAGGGGGAGGAGGAGGAGGAAGAAGAGGAGGAGCACUCUGAAAGCUCCGAGCUCUCCGCCACAUCCCCGCGCUCCAGGCGAACCCUGACCUCAGUCCGAGAGGAACUGGAGGCGGCUCGCCAGGAAGCCGCCCAAGCCCUGGACUGUCUGUGUGCCGAGCGCGAGAGCCGAGCCCGGGACGCCCUGCAGCUGAAGGACGCCGUGCCGAUCUCCGUGCACAAGGAGGCGCUGUCCGCCGUGUCGGAGCAGCUGGCUCAGACCUUACAGGAGCUCCAGCAGGAGAAGAAUCUGCGCACGGAGGCGGAGGAGCACUCGGCCAGACUGGAGGCCAGGCUGGAGGUCAUGCAUGACGCCGUACCGAGGCAGGAGCACCAGAAAGUCAAGGAGGAGCUGGAGCGCUCCCUGCAGGCCAGCGAGAGAAGUGCGGCGGCAGCUCAGGAGGCCCUGAGCGAGAAGGAGACGGAGCUGAGGGAGCUGAAGUCCCACAAGGCGGCGGAGCAGGGUCUCAUCUCCCAGGAGGACCACCAGGCCCUGCGCUUGUCCAUGCAGGCCCAGGUCAACGCCUUGAUGGCCCGCUUCAACGAUCUGACCCGCAAACACGAGAAGACCUGCACCGAGGUGUUCCAGGUGCAGAGGGAGGCUCUCUUUCACAAGAGCGAGCGGCAGGUCGCCGAGACGCAGCUGAGCGCCGCGCAGCGCCAGCUUCAGGAGCUGCAGUCCAAGUCCAGCCACGUCCAGGAACUGCACGACAACAUCCAACAGUCCCAGGGCCUGGUCAAGGAGAAGGACCGCAAGAUCACCGACCUCUCCAAGGAGGUCUUCCGUCUGAAGGAGGCUCUGGGAGCGUUGUCUCCUCCUCUGGGCACGCUCUCCUCCUCUCACGCUAACCCCGGCCAACAGGUGGCGCUGCAGAACAGGCUGGCUAUACUCAACCAGCAGCUCCAGGACUGUGAGAGAAAACACAAGCAGGUGGUGGCUGUGUAUCGCUCCCACCUGCUGGCAGCUGUGCAGGGUCGUAUGGACGAAGAGGUGCAAGGUCUGCUGCUGCAGAUCCUGAGGAUGACCCAGCAAGGUCAAUGACCUCAUUACCAGGUCACAUGACCAAGCAAACACAAACUUAUCAUCAAAUCCCGCACACGCUGUGCACCCCCUGGUGGCCGGGAGUAGCAUCACGGAGGAAAAACUGUAAAUUCCAUGACAGUGAAAGUCUUUUUGCAUCCCCCCUUAUGAUAA